ACAACACCGGACCCCUCGACCCGCAAUGCAAGACUCACAGGUUGCGCAGCUGGUCGGCGACGUUGAUCGAGCGGCAUCGUCUGCGCGCGAGCACAUUGCCAUGCAGGCCUUUCACGCCCGCUUUCCUUCUUCCUACUACGUGACCCCGCCCACGUCUCCGCCCUCUCGCCCGCUCGCACCGCCCACGCAGCGCCGCUACUUUUACCUCGACGUCAAGCCGCCCGAGGGUGUGCCGACAAAGGCGACGAUCCUCUUUCUGCAUGGCUUCCCCGACUCGUCGUACGGAUGGCGGUCGGUGCUGUCGCCCAUCUCGCUCUCGGGCUUCCGCUGCAUCGUCCCGGACCUGCUCGGCUAUGGCCGGUCGUCUGCGCCCAACAAGGAGACACGGCUGGCAGAGUACGGAGCGCACGCCAUUGCGCUCGAUCUGAAGGGCCUCAUGGAGACUGUGCUGGGCAACACCGAAGACAAGUUUGCCGUCGUCGGCCACGAUUGGGGAAGCUGGCUCGCCUGGAAGCUCGCUACCUGGAUCCCGGAGAAGCUCUUGGGCGUUCAUGGAAUCGCUGCCGCAUACGCUGCACCCUCGAGUCGAUACCUCUCAACAAAUGAGAUCGUCAAGACGUUCCCCCACUUUGGCUACCAGGUCUUCUUCGAUGAUCCUCGCUCGACCGAUAUCAUUGGAAAGCAUAUCUGGCGAUUCCUGCACCUCAUCUUCAUUGCUCCCUCGCUUCUCCUCCAACAGUCGUCGGACGACGUCCGGUCCGUGUUCAACAUUGAUAUGACGACGCUGGGCUCCCUCGAAAAGUUUCUCGUAUCCUCUGGCUCCUCCAAGACAUCAUUGGACGAGCUUCUGGAGCGUACGUCGCUCAUCAAGACGGCCGAGGACCGUGCCGUGUUUGAGCGCCUCUUUGAUCCACAACGUGGCGGCGCGUCCAUCGACGGCGCUCUCAACUGGUACCGCACGCGCAAGGUCAACUUUGACGAAGACCGCGAGAGGCCGCAAAAGAUGCUGCCGGCAAUGCCGUACAAGAUCUUGUGCCCCACGGCUGACCCUACGUCGCCGGUCUCGACGACGGAAAAGACGGCAAAGCACUACCCAAAGGAGACGCCUCUCGUGAUCCAGGAGAUGCCCAUGGCCGGUCACUGGGCCAUGCUCGAGGGGCCAGAUCAGGUCGUCCAGAGCGUGCUGUCUUGGAUGAACAACGAUGUCUUGCCCUAUCGCGAAAAGACGUCGACCUGGUCUGGCUGGGCCAGAAGCAAGCUGUAAACGUGCCGGCUCCCGUGUCUACUCUCUGCUCGGCCGUUUCCUUUUCUAGCUGUAAAAAUAUCAUUCUACCUUGCUGGGAAAUUCGCUAUGCUACACAAAGGAAAAGCGUCGUCAAGACAAUCUCGCGCGGUGGCAAGAAAGGCUUGCUAGAAUAUACUACA